CACUGCCAGCCAUGUAUCCAGCCCAGAGUCAGAGGUAACCGCCAUCAAAGCCUCUGCGUCCGUCUCCGCGGGCGGCGCCCUACCCGGCGCGGGGCGGACACCCGCCUCAGCACAGUGAUCACCGACAGGCUGCAGGCGGGAAGAAGAAGGGACCUAGAAAUGCGGUUGCUCAUUCCGUGGAACACACCCCGUAUGCUCAAGGCAGCUUUCGCGAGACACCGUACCGCCACAAAGCCGUCAAACAGCCAUCAGCUAGUCCCCGAUCGUCACGCGCACCCUCGUGAAAUCAUUGGCCCAACCCCAGAGCCCUCGGAUGGCUAUACGGCUGCUUCGGAUGAAGAAUCAGCCCGGAUCAAGAGGAUUAUAGCGAAAACGCAGAUGGUGGAAGAACUGACGCAAGAGGUUGUUGAUAUCUUCAUGAGCGCAGGGUCUUCCGGCGCAGUCGCAAGCCCUUUACUGAACCAUGGAGGAGGUACAAACCAGCUGAUGUAAUUCUGUUCAAAGAGAAGUUUUUGUCGGUAAGGGGGUGCUU